AUGUCUGUUCAGAUUAGUCCACCUCAAUUGAGAUUCAAACAUGUACAUGGAGAGGAUAAUAAGAGAUUAUCAUUCAGUGUAUGCAAUAAUGGAUUCAAUCUAGUUGAUAUGAUUGUACAUAUUGAGGAAUUGGGACAUUGUGUUAAAUUGCCAGAUGUCAGAGGUGAUCAUUGGUUGUCAAGUAUAAAGUACGUGGAUCAGAUCAAGAGAUUGUUGUUCCAAUUCCAAUUGAAGUUGAGCCGUAAUGAAUGA